AUUUUUACCUUUCAAAAUUUGACUGUUCAAAUGUAAAAACUCUAGACAACACAGAAAGAACAAAAAACAAACAACUUAGUCCUAAUUUAAUAAUAAAACAAAAGGAUUUUAAAACACAAACCAACCACAUCAAAAGAUAUCUCCCAUGAUUCCAAAAAACCACCAAAACAACUAUUUUAAUUCAAAACAAAAACCCUUUACUCUUUUGUUUUUUUCUUAAUUCCAAAAUAAAAAAACCUACAAAUCUAAAAAAGGCAGUGGAUCAGCCAGUCGAGUUUUCUGUAAUUUUGCACAAAACAAUUUUUUUCGGUUUUCCAAGAAUUCCGUUGAACAAAAUACCAUGAAAAGAUCAGUAAAACCCGUCAGCUCUGUAGGAAACAGAGAAAACUAUUUCAAAGAACAUCAUAAUCCUGAAUUCCGGAAGGAAGAUAUCCACAGGAACAAAUAUCAUGAAAUUGUUUCUCCAAGGAAAGAUUAUCAAGAAAUAAUGUAUAAAUAUGUUUAUUCAGAACACAAGAGGCAGACAAGAAGUCAUGAUAAAUACUUUUACUCAAAAGUGCCACACAGCAUAAAGGAUUAUCAAAAAUACGACAACAGGGAAUACAUGCAAAGAAAAAUGAAGCAAGAUUACUCAGUUAAGAAAAGAUCUUACCAGUUACCUGGUCAGUGGGAAUACAUGAAUUACGGCUAUGGUGACCCAAGAACUUAUGAAGAGUAUGCACAAAAGAGGUACUACCUGAAAAAGAGGAUGUACCAAAAGGAAAACGGGCACUAUUAUUCUUACCAUUCGCAGCACAGAGAAUUGGAGCACAAACCUAAAAUGCGACGUGCGAGGGAGAGCGAUGAUGAGGGUGAAGAGGAAGAAGGAGAAAUUAAAGAGGAACUAGAAAAGGAUUUAGAAAUUAAAGAGCUUUACAGACUAAAAGGAGAAUUAUCUGAGGAAAUUCUAAAUGAAAAACAAGAAAAUGACCACACAGCAAGCUUAGUAAAGAGUAAUGAAAACAAUAUACACAACAAUUAUGAUCACAGUAAAGAUCAACUACAAAAGGAAAAGGACAACCAUUUUUAUUACAAUAAUGAGUUUACAGGCCAGUAUCAAAUCCCCGAGGAAAAGGAUGAACUGGAGGUGUUAGAUUCUGAAUUCAUGAUUCUAGAUGCAGUUGGAUCUGGUGAUGAUUCUGUGAGCGAAUCAUCAGUUGAGGACAUCGAGGAAAUUUUAGACUCAGAGGAUGAAAGAAAAAUUGACGAGGAUCACUUAGGAGCUGAAUAUUGCCAAUUGGUUUAUUAUUGCCGGCUCUGCAAAAAGUACCUACAGGGAGACUCGGUGAAGGAGAAAGCCUUACAAAUACACUGUCGAUCAAGGUUCCACAUUCAGAAUUUUCAACGUGUCAAAAGCGCAAAACCUGAACGGAGAGCUUUAUCCCAAAUUCAAGAAGUAAGCCAUUGAUUACCAUUAGGCCAUCAAUGCAGUUCUACGAGCAGAUGCUGGAAUUAGCUUGUCUUCUUUAGAAAACCAAAAGCAAUGGCAGGGCCAAUAUGACAUGAAUUUUAGCCUGGACAAGGAUUUAGACAACCUUAUUAGCGAGGAAAACUUAAGAACUCAACCAACAAAGAAAACAAAAGAUAGCUUUAGCUAUUGUAUUAAUUUAUUACUUUUUUAAAAAAGAAAAUCUAUUGUAUUUUAAAAAG